AUGUCUCAGCAGUAUGCCAAAGAUCAGCCCGAGGGCUUUGUCAAUAAACUUGAACGAGUCGCCAUCAUUGGUGCCGGCGGAAGUGUUGGCAAGUAUCUGGCCAAGCACAUCAUUCAAGCCGGAAAUCACACAGUCACUGCAAUCACUCGCAAGGGAAGCACCAACACUGCUCCCGAAGGUGCCCGUGUCGUUACAGUCGACUAUGAAGAUGAGAGCUCCCUUGUCGAAGCUCUCAAGGGCCAGCAAUUCCUCGCCAUCUCCCUUUCCGUCCAAGCUGCUCCCGGUACCCAAGAGCGAAUCGUCCGCGCUGCUUCUACUGCGGGUGUACCUUGGAUCAUGCCCAAUGUCUACGGUAUCGACAUCACCAACAAGUCUCUCGCUGAUGAGAACAUGACUGGUGAGGGCGUCUACCCCGGCAUCAACGCCAUUGAAGAGGCAGGUGUUUCGUCCUGGAUCGCCAUGUGCUGCUCUUUCUGGUAUGAGUUCUCUGUCUGUCAGGGUCCUCAAUGGUAUGGGUUCGACUUUAGCAAUGGCCAGAAGAAAGUCACGUUCUACGACGACGGAAACACCCAGAUCAACACCUCAACCUGGGACCAGUGCGGUCGAGCGUUUGCUUCCCUUCUCAAUCUCAAGGUGAUUCCCGAUGAUGAGAACGACAAGUCCCCCACCAUUUCCCAAUGGCGAAACAAGCCUCUCUACAUCUCGAGUUUCCUCCUCUCUCAGCGACAGAUGCUUGACAGUCUCCAACGCGUGACUGGUACCACAGACAAGGAUUGGAUAAUUCAGUAUGAGGGUGCCAAGGAGCGAUGGCAGCGUGGUAUUGACAUGGUGAAGAGCGGUGACCGUUCUGGUUGGGCGCUCGCCAUGUACUCGCGAACAUUCUUUCCCAAUGGUGAUGGUAACUUUGAGGCUAAGCAUGGGCUUGCUAAUAAGGUCCUGGGACUACCUGAGGAGAAUGUAGAUGAGGCCAGCGCUAGGGCUCUCAAGAUGGCUGAAGAUAACUACAACUACUACAUGAACCGAACUCAUUAG